AUGGGAUUGGAGCCUGGCUACCUCUACGACAACGGCGUGGAAAAAACCACGAAGCGACCAAGACCUGAAAGGUCGAGUGCGGCUUCGAAGCCCAUUUUGUUCCUGUUUAAAUGCGGCCUUGCGUCAUCAUCCGUUGGCCUUUGUUUCGCCCUACGCGCUUGUUCGACGUGCUCUCUCGUGCCUUUCCUUGCGCCGUCGGACACUGUCCUGUGUCCGCCGUCAGCUGCAAAGGGCACCGAACAAGAUGUCGAUGACGAGUUUGCAAAAGAUGACAGCUCGGAUGGUCCCUCGACGGCCGAUGGAGGAGAUGACAGCGACCUGUCAGAUGAUUCAAUGGACGACGACUUGCAUGACUGUAAUGACUUGAACUUGGACAACAAGGAGCAAGACGAGCCUCUUUGCGAAGCGAACACAUCGCUAGUGAUGCCUAGCGUUAAGGAGCUGCCACCCCGAUGCCCAAUCGCUUUGAUUGACGGCAAUGUCCACUUGCGCAUGCUUCGGUCUCAAAAGAAGCAACGGCUUGCAUGCAUCAACGAAGAGUUUCGUGCAGACAAACCGAAGUGGCUGGCAUAUCUGGGCAAACUGGUGGCGAACGAGCUCCUUCCCCGUGUGCCAGUGGGAGUGAAGGCCCACUCCUGGGACAAUGCUGUAGAGGCGCUGAAGCAACUGCACGAGUGGAUGCAGAGUGACGACGCCGAGCAUCUUCGACAGGCUUACAAGCCAUGCUUGGGCUUUCGUUGCGACUGCUGUGGAUCUGCUGUGAGGCCGGACGAGCAAGUCUGUGCUGUCUGCGGCUCCCUGGCGUGA